GUUGAACAACAAAGUACCACUUUGUUUUUCUUACAAAAUGUCUGAAAUAUACGGGUAUUUGAAAAAAAAAAAAAGCUUGCGUUUAGGUAAUAAGCUACAUGCCAGCAGUUUUAUGCGGAAGUGUCUGUGGUAUUUUACCUUUUUGCCACUAGGGAAGAGUAUUUAAUCGACGCGAUGUGAAAGUAAAAGAUAUUUAAGAGAGUGUAAAAGUAAAUUCCGAAGAAGGUUGGCGCUGACUUUAACGGCUAGGGGGGUUAUUUCCUAGGCUUGAAAAGUAACUGGACGGGAAGGAGUUAGCAAAUCCAAAAUGGCUGCACUCUCCUUGUUGUCGUCUCCCCAGGCUUUUAUCACGUCUUAACCGGGAGACAAAGCGCGCAGUCACGACGAGGUCUGGGAAACUCGACGUGAUCGUGCGGGGAGAGGACUCGCGACUUAACGGUUCUGUUUUUUUAAAUUAUUAUUCGGAGGUUAUUGUGGUAUUUAUGUUUCGUUCCGUGACUGUAUAGUUCAUUAAGGAGUAAUCUAACCGGCAGGGGAAUACCACAGUAACGUCAGGGUGCUGUGGGGGAGGGGAGCGAGGCUGGGGUGGAGCUUCACUCGGUUGGGGAAUGGGAUUGAUUCAUUGAGAUUUAUAUUAGUGUCAUAUUAAAGUGUGCCACUUUAACUUGCUAAGGGGUUGGCACUGUCAAUGGUGGAGUGGGAAAUUCAAAAGUGCAAAUAAACACUGGCCAGUGGUUAACGUAAAUGUUAUCAGUAGUUUAAAGCAUUUUUUUUAUUUAUGAUGCAAGUGUAAUUCAUUCCAGAAGAGGCAGUGAAAAGAUCACAGUGCACUCGGAGCUGAAGUCAGGGUUGGCCGAGCUCCAGAAUGAGAAUGUUUGUGGACGGAUGCCACGGGUACAGCCACAGCACUGGCUCCUCAAGCACAACCGAGAAGUUACUCUUGCUGAUUAAUAGAGACAACAUCUGAUUCUUUUUAAACAAUUGGUGUCAAUUUUACAUUUUUAAUAAUAUAAUGCAAUAUAUAGUCACCCAACACAAAUAUCAAUCAACAAAUAUGUUGAAUUGUGAAGAACAAAAUAUGACAUGUAGACUCGUUUUCAAAUAUGUUUUUAAUUAUCAUACAGAUGAUAUCCAUAUAAUUCUGUUUGGUUUUUUUUAACCAGAUGGGUCUUUGUGGUAAAAGUGUUUGUUUUUUCUUCUUUGUAAUGUACUUCAUGGAAGAUGGCCAUAUUUCAUGUAUGAACAUCAUGAAGAGACACACUUAAGUAAUUCUUGCUUUGUUACUCUUCAGUGUGUUUGUUACUCAGAAAACCUUGGUUUUCCUGAAUAAUGCAUGGAUCAAACAUGACAACCCAUUCUUGGAAACUAAUCAAACCCUCUGCCUGCAUCAUCAGACACUACAUUAUUCUGCCAAGCAAGUAAACUAUGCCUUUGUUUUGGUACGCAAGUAUCAAAUGCUGUAUGGUAUAUUUGCAGCAUAUUUAUGAUCAAGUGCAAACCUACAAUAAAUAAAUAGCAGUCAUUUUAUUGUUUCUGCUUUUAGAUUCCACUCCAAACAGUUUUGGUGUCUAAAAUUCUACAAGUUUGCAGCUAGGUAGUACCUGUGAUUAUUUGCAGUUAAGGUAUUGACCCACUGCAGCAGUUCAGGUGUAUUUUUAUCUGCAGCAACACCAGUGUGGAUUUCUCUUGAGCACGGCUCAGGUAGGAUGAUUUACCAUGAAUUUUACUUGACUGUACCCUGAUUUGUGUACUGUUGGAACUGGUGCAUUUUGAAAACCCUUCUAUCUACACAUAAACGUUCCCAUAACCUUUACAUAUUUUUGUAUUGAGACAAUGGAAAAUGAACCAUGAAUAUUGUAUUUUUGAUAACAUUUGUGCUACAGCACCCUUAAAAGUAAAACAAAAAGUAGGUUCCCUUUUAUUGUGUAUGUUCCUCAGCCUGGUGUGCAUCCUUCCUGGUUUGUUUUAGGAAUGCACCGAGUAAGGUGUUCCAAGUAUCAAAAUACAAUCAAUGGAAAUCUCAGAUAAAAUAAAAAUGAUUUAUGAAGAUUCACUUAUAAGGUAUGCAUCCUCUUGCUUCAAAAAUGUUAUGCUGUUAUGCUAAAUGUGUAACAACAAAACUUGCUGAAUAACAGAUCACCAAGUAAAUGUGGAUAUUAUGUAUGAUGAAGUGUUGGUUAUUGUGAUUUGUUCUCUUUGCUUUUAGAUGCAUGUUUGUUAUUUUUAGGCUCAGCAGCCCUGGCUGGCUAGUCCUGUGACAGUGGAAGCAAGUGCCCAAAUUUCAUUUCAACACUAGAUGAACCUUACUUCUGACUGGCCUAAAAUGGGCAGAAAGAGAGCAGAACAAAAGCUGUUUGUCGCUAGUACAAAAGUGCUGAAGCAGUUCAUUCAGGAAGAAGCUGGUAUGUUAAUGCCUUUCCCUCACAACAGGAAAGAACAAAAUGUUUCCAAAAGGCACAAAACGUAAAUUUUCUGAUGGUGAAGAAAUUCCUGAUGAGAAUCCAGCUGAUAUUAAAGUUAUGUCUUCAUAUAACCUUCAACGGCAGUCUCUGCUAGACAUGUCCCUGAUAAAGCUCCAGUUAUGUCACAUGCUGGUGGAACCUAACCUGUGCAGAUCUGUGCUCAUUGCAAACACAGUACGGCAGAUCCAAGAAGAGAUGACACAGGAUGGAAGCUGGACAAUCAUGGCUGAAGCUCUAAAUUCAAAUCAGAGCCCCUCCGAUCGCCUGGUUGCAACAGAAAUUCUUUGCAGACCAUCACCAAAGGACCAAGACGAGGAAAAGCCUUUUUCUGACAUCAGCUAUGAAGGCUGUGACUCUGUCAGCUGUCAUUCAGAAGAAGUGGUUGAUGAUUCUUUGUGUGAGCCAUCCUCUGAAGCCCCAACGUAUCUACCAAGCAGCAUCGGUACCUGGGACAAAGAAGACCAGAAGGAGAACUCAGAAGAGGAGUCUGAAGAGGACUCGAAGCCAGAAGAACAAGUCUUCGGAACUUUUGAAAUUAAGAACCCCACUGCCACUCCGGACCCUGCCCUUGACGAGCUCUUUUCAGAUGUUGACACUUCUUAUUACGAUCUUGACACCAUGUUGACAGGAAUGCAGAGCAGUCCUAAAAUGGGGCCCUAUGAUUUGUUGGACAGUUUGUCAUCUCACAGUCCAUCAUCCAUCAGUUCAAACUCUGGCUGCAGGCCUGACCUCAAUGAACUCGAUCACAUCAUGGAGAUCAUUGUUGGGUCCUAAAACUGACCUAAAAAAUCAACUGUACAGAUAUGGAUGGUAUGCAAAAUUGCUAGCUCUUGACUGUCAUACACUGACUAUGAUGAAGUGUAAGUUAUGUUUUUUUAAGGGCUAAUAUUUUUGCAUGCCAACCAUUGGAACUUUAUGUACAUUCAUUUUGUAUGUCUUUUCUUUAUGUGAGUUAUGUUUUUUUCACUUUUUUUUUUAAUUUAUUGUGACAUUUACGCUGAAAAAUGAUGUCUACACUACAUAAUUUUGAAUUGAACAAAUGAAUUGUGUACGAAAAGUUCGAAAGCUACACGUAUUUUUCCUAAAAAAAUUAAAUAAUAAAGUAUAUAUCUAUAUUUUUGCAACACAUACAGCUUGGGAAAUGUUACAGUACUUUUAGAAUCUUUUUAUGUGAAAGAAUUAUGAUAAAAUUGAAGAAAAAAAAAAAUCUAUUUGAAAUGGUCUAUAUUAAGUCUUCCUUUUGACGUUAUCCCAAAAUGCAAUAUGUGCCUAAUGUGGAGAUUGAUGCAUAGAAAUGGUGGAAGGCACCUUUUAUAUUAGUGCUUAGACAAUAUGCAUAGCCUACAUCUCAGUCAGAUUAUUUUGUUAAGAUUGCAUAAUUGCUAAUGUAUAUCCAACUUGCUCCUGCUUUUGCUGUUUAGAAGCCAUAUGUUCUUACAUUUGUAUUGCUACAAAUGAAGAAUUGUGGGUCGAACCCAGUUUUAAGUUAUUAGAGUUAAUUUAUUUUUUUUAAUUUAUUAAAUGCACAUCAGUUUUAAGUUUUGAGUUUAAACUAACUCAAAGUUGUAUCAACCUUAUGAAAUACUUCAUUGUCAAAGUGUUCUUUUGAAACUACAAGCUCUGUAACAUGUCUUGGGAUAUCGGGCUAUGGCAGUUUUCCUACAAUGUAGAAAUCGGUGGUUACCACUGUAUAAACAGUAUUUAAAUACAGGAAUAAUGGCAAACGGAGCUUCAAACUAAGGUAUUCAUUGUUGAUUUCAUUCUAAAAGAAUGGCUAGACUAAUUUGGUUAGUUAUGUUUCUUUUAACAUACAAGGGUCUUUUUUCUAAGAGAUUCAUAAGCAUAAUAUUCAUUAUCAUGGCUAAUUGAUUACUCAGGCAAGGUAAAUAAUAAGUGUGAAAACAGCCAGUAUUAUGAAAGCCAUUGUCAAAAAUCUCCCUUCUGAAUGAUGUCAAUUAAUUCAAUGCAGUUUACCAUAACAACCAGGGUGUAAGUUGAGUACACGUUGACAUUAAUACCUUGAAACUAUAAUAGACUAUAUGCAGUUUUUUAUAUUUGUAAAAAAUACAUUGUAGCAGUUUUUUGUAAAUACUUUUUAAUAAAAAGGUACAAACUAA